AUGUGUGUAUAUGUACUUAUAGAAAAAGAGCGUGUAGUGUACGGCCCGUAUUUAUGAUAAGCGAUGACGAGGACUGGGUACGGAGGCACCAGGUGCCUCACCUCACCUGGAACUACGACGACAACGGGGUUAGUUCGCAGCGCACCCUGAAACCGACUAUACGUCGCCUGAUACCGCUCCGAUCUUCGUUUCUAUACUUCAGCAUGUUCGAGAAACUGGCGGAGGAUUAUGCGAAAUGCAAGCGCUACGUGAAAUGGCUGUAUUUGCUCUACGAGCUGAACACACAGAUCGCCAUCUGUGAGCCCUGGGAGAAGGUUUUCCUCAACGUCCUGCUCGGAUCCUGUAUGUCCCUCAUCCUGUACGCCUCCUUCGCCUACGUGCCCGGCUACUGUUUGAGCGUCUUCCAUCUCCUGUGGCCCUUGGCGGGCGUGCAAAAUCUCACUACUGGCUCCGUCUGCACCGCGAACAUAGACGGCUUUUGUGGCAACGAGAGUGGAGCAGUCCUGUAAUCUUAGUUUAGUCUUAUCAGUAACAAUAAAUAAUUUUAAA